AUGGAUACAAAAGAUGAAGAAAGCACAGAAAUACAUACCGGAAAGAGAGAAAAAGGUCAAAGAGAACAAUGGGAUAGAAAGUUGGAUUACAUAUUGACAAUGCUCGGUUAUUUGGUGGGAUUCGGAAGUAUGUGGAGGUUCCCAUACGUAUGCAUGAAAAAUGGCGGUGGGGCGUUCCUGAUACCGUAUGUUCUGACACUCUUCCUCCUGGUAAUACCGGUAUACUUUCUGGAAACGUCACUCGGACAAUUCUCCGGGAAAUCUUUUAAAGAUGUUUGGAGCUAUUGUCCACUUAUCAAAGGGCUUGGUUUAAGUCUACAGCUUAUGUUGGUACCUGGAGUGUGCUAUUACAUCAUGUUGAUGACAUGGGUAAUACACUACAUAUAUUACACAUUCCAUGAUCCAUUACCUUGGAGUACGUGCGGAAACGCCUGGAACACGCCAUACUGUUUCAGUUUCAAGGACAGCAUCCCUCUUAAAUCAAUGACAACUAUAUCUACCUUAUAUGGUCAAAAUGUCACAGACAAAGAUCAGUACAUGCACAAUGUAAACACGAGUGUGGCGAAUUCCAUAUUUCGUGAGAUUAAAGGCCAUAGCGCGGAGGAGGAAUUCUGGCAGUACAACAUACUAGAUAUAUCAACUGGACUAGAAGACUUUGGUUCGCUCAAUGGAAAUCUGGUUUUGUGUUUGUUCUUGGCCUGGGUCGCUAUCUACCUGUGUGUCAUCAAGGGAAUUAGAUCUACAGGCAAGGUUGUGUAUGUGACCGCCACUCUUCCUUACCUAAUCCUCGUCAUUCUGCUCGUCCACAAUCUUACGUUACCGGGCUCUAUUGAUGGAGUUGAGUUUUUCAUUAAACCAGAUUUCAAUACUCUUACAAACAUCAAGGUUUGGCUAGAAGCUGCAAUACAGGUGUUUUAUUCAGUAUCGAUCGGAUGGGGUCUUCAUAUCACAAUGGCCAGUUACAAUACAUUUAAUAACAACUGUCUAAGAGACACAUUCGUUAUGGCUAUCGCUGGAGAGGCUACAAGUGUGUUCGGUGGCCUUGUAAUCUUUUCUGCACUCGGAUUCAUGGCCCAUCAGGCGAACGUCCCUCUGACAGAUGUUGCUAAAUCUGGCCCUGGAUUAGGUUUUGUGGCUUAUCCUAUGGCUUUGGCACAGAUGCCCCUCCCCAACCUCUGGGCGGUUUUAUUCUUCAUUGCCAUGAUUACACUGGGAUUGGAUACUCAAUUUACUUUGACGGAAAUAACAUACAUCUAUUUUGAGGACUGCUUUCCAUGCAUGAAGAAACGGCAAACGGUCUGCAGAGCAUGUUUAUCAAUCUUCGGAUUUGUGAUUACUUUACCAUUUUGUGCACAGGCAGGAGUAUACCUGUAUCAGAUAUUUGAUUGGUAUAUCGCAGCUUUUGCACCGCUAUGUAUUUCACUUGUAGAGUGUAUAUCAAUUGCUUGGCUGUAUGGUGCCGAGAGAUUCUCGAAGGACGUGGAGAUGAUGAUCGGGAGGGAAGUACCUCGCUACAUCAAGUUCUGUUGGUGUUUCCUCUCGCCGUUUCUAUUAUUUGUGUUAAUGGUAAUGAGUAUUGUGUCAUAUACACCGCCUGCUUAUGGGGAUUAUGAAUAUCCAAGUUGGGCCGCUAUCGCUGGCUGGAUGAUCUCCGUACUGCCAAUCAUACCCUUACUCCUGAUAGGGUUGAUCGUUGUGUACCGUUCGCCUGGGGAAACAAUAUACCAGAAACUCAGUCAUUCUGUGAGACCAUAUGAAGAAUGGCAGCCAGCAGUUAACAGCGUAGAUUAUUUACCUCUCUCUUGGGAAACCCAUGGUACCAUUACAGAGAGAGUUCUGGUUAACCUCGGCUUAAGAAAGCUAUCGGGAAAGGAGUCAUGUUUAUAA